AUGAACCAAGUCGACUCGUGCCAAGUCCUGCCACACGAGAUCCAGCACAGCGCCUUGCUCCAGCUGCUGUCGAAUUCAUUGAUUCUGGGGCAUACCGCCCCCUACUUGCCUGUCGCUGAUGUCCUGAAUCUCGCCGCCACCUCCCGCGCUUUCCGCUAUCUUAUCUAUGACACGCCUCAGGUCUUCCGCCGCCUCGACCUGACGCCCUGCAAGACCGCCCAAUUCGAAAUCGACGGCAUAGACCACGGCGGCGAGACAUGGCGCAACGUCCAGGUUGACGAGAACCUCACAGAGGAUGAGUUCUACUCCGGCCCCCUGCGCGGCAUCUUCUCGAACCUACGCCGCCUCAACAUCCUCCGGGACAUCCAGGUCCUCGUGCUCGACGGCCUGUCCGUGACCGCCGACCUCGUCCACGACAUCUUGACCGACGCGUCCUACUCGGUCCGCAUCCUCUCCCUCCGCGAGUGCAAGCACCUCAACGAGCGCAAGCUCCGCGGCGCCCUGCAAUACGCCUGCCGCGCCUCCAGACCCGAGGGCACCCCGCGCCUCAAGGGCCUCUACAUCUUCGGCAAGAAGGCGGACCAGCCAGCGGCGCCGGCGCCGCCCGCGCCCGCACCCACGCCCGCCGCCCCAUCCCGCCCCAUCCCCGCGGCCGUGGGCCCGGCGUGGAAUGCGCGCAGCCAACAAGCCCUCGCGGCGUCUUCCCCGCCGGCGGCCGCGGCCGCCGACGCCGACGCGGAGCCUUGGUACGGCCGGCGCGGCUGGCAGCUCGACGGCUGCCGGCCCGUCAACCCGGACUGGGCCCAGACCCUGGUGGCCUGCGACGGCGUCAUCGCCUUCGACGCGGUCCUCUGCACGGGGCCGCGCCACCUCAACUCGCGCGCCUGGGGUGCCGCCGUCGACGUCGACGGCGCCCGCUCCGCCGCGGGGCCCCCCGACGUGCCCCAGUGGGGCGUCGCGGUGUACAGCCUGGGCGGCUGCGCCGGCUGUGGGUGCGCGCCGGAGGGGUGGACGGUCUGGGGGAACGGGGGUGGUGGCGGGGAGGAGGAGGGUUGCGGGCGGGGCGAGAGGCGGGACAGCAACGGCAGCAGCAGCAGCAGUGCCGGUACCAGCGCGGAGAUUGGGCGGUUCCCGCUCCUCCGGCACGCGCCGCUGCACUCGGCCAACGUCAAGGUCGCCAUGUGCCCGUCCGGGCAGGCGCUCAACCCUCGCGGCCUGGGGGGCCGGUACAAGGCGGGGGAGGCGGUGGCGCGCUUCAUCCCGCGGUGCGCCGCCUGCCUCCGCGACCGGUACUGCACGGCCUGCCAUCGGUGGUGGUGCGAAUCCUGCUACGCGGGGCCCUGGGCCCAGGUGCCCCGUGGCGCGGACCCGGGCGGCGAUGUCGUGGGCGGUGGUGGUUUCAUCGGGGCGGGUGGCGCGAAUGCGACGAACAACAACGGUGAUCCAAAGCACAAGGUACGGGACGGACUCUGCUACGUCGGUGGUCGCUGCUGGAUCGAACGCUUCCAAAUGGAGGUGGUGCGGGACGUGUAG